UAAAACAUCAUACGAAGAAGAAGAAGCGACGAAAAGGAAACAACAACUUUGAAGGGACUUUGAACCGUUCUGCUUUCCCGUGCGUGAUUGAAAUUGUAAUUUACAGUGAUUUACAGUUAUUAAUCAGUUGUUUUUCGUCGCAGUCCAGAGCAGAGUGUUUAAAUGGCUUCAGGAAGCGCACUGAUCUUUGAUGAGGAGAUGAGCCGUUAUAAACUCCUCUGGAAAGAAGACAGAGAGAGCGCGAUAGCGACAGCGGUGCCCGAGCGGUUGACCGUGUCUUACGAAGCGCUGAAGACUCACGGCGUGACACAGAGGUGCAAACAGCUCCCGGUCCGCCAGGCCACCGAGCAGGAGAUUUUACUCGCACACAGUGAGGAAUAUCUGGAGGCAGUUAAACAGACUCCGAAAAUGAGCGUGGAAGAGCUGAUGGCUUUCUCGAAGCAGUACAGCGACGUCUAUUUCCAUCAGAACAUCUAUCACUGUGCUAAGCUGGCCGUGGGCGCCACACUGCAGCUGGUGGAGAGCGUCAUGAAGAGAGAGGUCAGGAACGGCAUGGCGCUGGUCAGGCCUCCAGGACACCACAGUCAGCGCUCCGCUGCGAACGGUUUCUGUGUGUUUAAUAAUGUGGCCAUCGCUGCUCUUCAUGCUAAGAAGAACUACAACUUGAACAGGGUUUUGAUUGUGGACUGGGACAUCCACCAUGGACAAGGUGUCCAGUACUGCUUUGAGGAGGACCCAAGUGUGCUUUAUUUUUCUUGGCAUCGUUAUGAGAACCAGACCUUCUGGCCAAAUCUCCCCGAGUCAGACUACACCAGUGUUGGGAAAGGCAAAGGACGCGGUUUUAACAUUAACCUCCCCUGGAACAAGGUGGGCAUGACGAACAGUGAAUAUCUGGCUGCUUUCUUCCAUGUUCUUUUACCCGUCGCGUAUGAGUUUGAUCCAGAGCUGGUUCUGGUCAGUGCUGGUUUUGAUUCAGCCAUUGGGGACCCAGAAGGUGAAAUGUGUGCUAUUCCUGAGAUCUUUGCCCACCUCACCCAACUGCUAAUGCCUUUGGCUGCAGGCAAAAUGUGCGUCGUCCUGGAGGGAGGGUAUAACCUGACUUCUCUGGCCCAGUCGGUUUGCCAAACCGUCCAGACCCUUCUUGGAGAUCCGGCCCCUCGGCUGUCAGGGCUCACGGCUGCUUGUGAGAGGAAGGUGCUUCUAGUCCAAGUCUGUGCUGAAGAAACUGAAGAGGAGUGCGUGAACCGUUUGUCCUUGUGUCUGAGAGAGGGUGAGAGCUUCACGGCAGGAUUCAUGCAUGCGGUUCUGAGCCUGAUCCUCCCUCUGGCGUAUGAGUUUAACCCCUGUCUGGUGCUGGGGGUUUUCAGAGACAGUGGGGCAAAGACUCAUCUGACACCAGUCUGGGGUCACCUGACCAGCCUGCUCCAAGGCCUGGCAGGGGGGCAGAUGCUCACUGUACUGCAGGGCUAUGACAAAGAUCUGCUGGAGGUUACGGUCUCUGCCCUCUCUGGGGCCCCUGUCCCUCCCCUCGGGCCCCUGGGGGCCCCCAAACCUGCAGAUGUUCAGAUGAUGGAAAAGCAGCGACAGAGGCUGCAGAAACGCUGGAGUUUGGUGCAGGAGUGUUGGGGCCUUCUGCGUUGAUCAGUUUCAGAAAGCUGAUGGAAACCUCUGGAACAUUGAAUGACCUGCGUUUUGAUGUUCAGUUAUGGAAAAUAACAUUUUUUUGUACUUUUUGUAAAUUUUGUACGGCAUUAAAAAUGAACCUGCUACAAUU